UGUUCAUAUAAUGGUUACAUAAGACAUGUAUUUAGCAUCACACACCUUUGCUCACAAUUUGCUGCAGAUCAGCAUGUCCUUCAGUUCUCUUCCUCCAUUAAAAUGGCAAGCAAACAAAAAGGGGGGGAGGGUUCUUUCCAAAACCAGGAGAGCCAUGUGUCUUUGCCAAGAGUCACAUGCUCCAGGAACGGACAAUAUAAAAGCAAAAAAUCAACUACCGUUCACUGCUUUCAUGUCCUUGUCUACUCUCCUUCCAUGGUUUCAGUUCUCCCAUUGAAGCUAAAGAACAAAAGGGAACUUGCUUCAUGCAAGGGCCUCGGUCUUAGUGCAGUUUCAAACAAGUUAAGAUGGAUCUCCUCCACAGCCAUGGCGUGCUCAUAAUUCAGCAUUUGCAGAAGGAUUACAGGUCAUACCAGAGCUUUCUAAACUUCAUGUCACAUGUCGGAGAUCCUCGGAACAUUUUUUCAAUUUAUUUCCCUCUUUGGUUCCAGCUUAAUCAAGUGGUUGGGACAAAAAUGAUCUGGGUGGCAGUGAUCGGUGAUUGGUUUAAUCUUAUAUUUAAAUGGAUUUUAUUUGGCCAUCGUCCAUAUUGGUGGGUCCAGGAAACAAUGAUCUAUCCAAACCAAACUAGCCCAUGCCUUGAGCAGUUUCCUAUAACAUGUGAAACAGGACCAGGAAGCCCCUCUGGACAUGCCAUGGGAUCAUCAUGUGUCUGGUAUGUGAUGGUAUCAGCAGCCCUGAGCUACACAGUGAGGCAGAAAGGGAAAUCAACCAUUAAUCUGCACAGACUCACCUGGUCUUUCCUGUGGAGCAUGUUCUGGAUUAUUCAGAUCAGUGUGUGUGUCUCGAGAGUCUUCAUAGCAACACAUUUCCCUCACCAAGUCAUCCUUGGAGUGAUUGCUGGCAUGCUUGUUGCUGAAGCAUUUGAACAUGCCCCAGCCAUCCAAACAGCAAGUUUAAAAACAUAUAUCCAGACAAACGUGUUCCUCUUUGUUUCUGCUCUCGGCUUUUACUUGGUUCUGAAGCUUAUCGAUAUAGAUCUUUUGUGGUCUAUUCCAAAGGCGAAGAAGUGGUGUGCCAACCCGGAGUGGAUCAAUAUUGACACAACUCCAUUCGCUGGACUGGUGAGGAACUUAGGUGCCCUGUUCGGGCUAGGCCUCAGCAUUAACUCUGAGAUGUUUAUCUUGGGCUGUAAAGGUAAACAUGGCUAUAAACUGAGUUUCAGGAUGUUAUGCAUAGCUACAUCCUUAGCCACGCUGCAGCUCUAUGAUUUUAUCAAGAUACCCACCCACACCGAGUAUCUGUUUUACAUCCUUUCUUUCUGUAAAAGUGCAGCCAUACCGCUUACAGUAGUGGCCUUUGUCCCGUAUUGCAUAUACUUGCUCAUGAAGCCAACAGAAAAGAAGUUUCCAUAGACAUUCAUGGUUGGUUUGCCUUGGAAGGUCCUGGAACAUCUUAAGAUGCCAAGGAUGCUCUGUGGCCAAAGACACAAAACAGUUAUUUCACUUUCUUUCACUCUCCAUUCCGAACAAUGGUGGGUAUAUUUCUGAUUUGUAAAAUC